AUGAAUGACUCUAGGCAGCAGUCACUGUUCUUCAUCACACUUCCAGAUUUACACAGACUCUGUGCUGUCAGGAUAAUAUUGAGUAAUGGAGUGGCAGAUACUGAGAUGAGGAGCACCCAGGUGAAGAUAUGCAGGCAAUUGCUGUUUUUGCACCAAGAUAUCCUGACAUCACCUGUACCUGAAAUAUUUACCCAAAUUUGGGUGGUGAUGGCGAUACCAUUUUAUAAAGCUGGAAAACUUAAUGCCUAUAUUGAAAAAUAUGGAGCUAAGGUGGAGGCUCCACAACGAGUAAUUCCUGUAAUUCUUCAAAACUGCCUUUCAUAUUCACUCACAGCUAGACUUGCUCCAGCCUGGAAUAAAACUGGCCAUCUCUUGGUGCAAGGAAGAGAAUUUCUUUCUCAGAUGGGAAAGCAAAGUGCUGUUGUAUUAGACAUCAAUGUAACAGAAACUCAAGUUUGUCUAAGCAUAGAAGCUUACACAAUCAGACUGCCACCACCUCAGCUAAGAGAAUUUGAUAUUUCUCAAAGUAUUAUAAAGGAUUUUGAAACUAACAAGAAUGCUGUUAUUGCGGGACAUUCGAUUUUGAGCAACUGGUGCUAUGUUUUGCCAAGUAUGAAAAUGGGACAAAUAAUAAGUAUUCUUCACACCAUACCCCCUGACUGUCCUUUUCACUCAUAUGAAGAUUUCCAGAUGCACUGGGAUGACCUGUAUAGCUAUAAGCUUCCAGAAAAUUGUGGAACUACUAAAAUAUACUGCAACAUCUACUUCAAAAUGAUAGGAAGAAGGAUCUUCACAUACCCUCUCAGUUGCAUCAGAAGUCAGCCCAUACAGUUCUUUCCAAGGGUAGAUAUGGAAAGUGUGUUGAAAAGUUUUGUUUCAGAUUUAAAAUCUAAACUGCCCCAUAUAUGUGGAUUUCCCAUAAAGAUGACAACUAAACCGUGCUACUACACACAAGAACUAACUAAACUGUAUCUGCAGGAAAAGAAAGUCAAGCCGCCUAAUCUAACCACUAAACAAAAAUUCAGGUCCUCUCUGGCUAGGGCCCCUUCCACAAGACCUGCCCAGGCUCAAAGUAUUCCACUUCAUUCAGUAGCCACGGACCACAAGGUGGAGCUUUCGGUCAGCCAGCCGAAGCCCUGUGUGUCCUCAACUCUGCACCUCCAGCCAGAAUCUGUUCAGAGCAGAAAGAAAUCCCUUCCUGACGAGGCAGCACAAGUACAUCUGAAAGUACCAAAGCUCAACAGAGGAAAUAAGCAAGUUCAAGACACAGAUUUUAGCUCCCAACAUAAUAUUGCCCCUAAAUUCAUACCAGUUUUCAAAAAUCGACAAUUACAGAUGAACAAAAAUAUCUUUGAACCUGACAACCUGAAAAGAAAACAUGUUACAGAAUCUAAGUUGCUUUCACUUAAAACUAGUGUGAUCCAGGAUGAUAAACUGAAUUUAGAUCCAGCUAUUAAAAAAAGAUUUAAUCGCAGCAUUCAAAUGAAGACUUCUAGAUCUCUGCAAGAAAAAAACACUGAGUCCUUUGAAAAUAUGACAGAAAAUCCCCCUUCUAGUGGAAAAUUAUCAGUCAUGAGUUUAAGUAAAAGUAAACAGCUAUCUAAUAGUUCAGUAUUUCGGAUGUCAAAUAACAAGUUAGGGGUAAUAAAAAGUGCUGUUGACUUCCAAGUGGAUGAAAAAGAAAAUUUGACAAGCAAAUACAUAACACAAAUUUUAGGGAAAGCCCACGAGUCACUAAAAGUGAAAAGACCACCACACAUUUUUGAAUCAGACACAGAAACGGAAGAUUCCCAACUGCUGCAGCAACAAUCAGUUGAUCAAACUAAAGAAACUGAUGUAAGUGACCACCGAUUAAUAGUAAGCAGAACAGCCCACAAGUCUAAAAGGAAAUUAUGUCAGGACUCUUCAGAAACUUCAAAGAAGCCUCACUCCAGUACUAUCCAUUAUGGACAAUCCAGUUCUUCUAAGAACCAGAUACAUAACUUGGACAAAUCAACACCUAAGAAAUCUCUCAUCAUUCCUAAAGCUUAGGACAUGGAUGUGAAAGAAGGAAAUAUCCACCAGCCCUGCUCCUUACCAAUACUGCCAUACUGAAAAAAAGGAAAUAAAUAUGGGACUUUAAUGAAGCAAAGACAGC